GUCUGUGUCUGUGCCUGUGCCUGUUCCUGUGUCUUCGUCUGCGUCUGCGUGCGUCUGUGUCUGCCAUCGCCUCCAACUGGCCUGCCUUGCCGCCGCUGGUCGCUGGUCGCUGGUUGCUGGUUGCUGGGCCCAAGGUCGCAGACAUGCAGGCGUGCAUGCUCACUCACUCACCUCUCUCUCUGACUCUCUCCAACAUCCUCCUCCUCCUCCUCAUCUGCAUCCUCUCAACUGUCCCGCACAAUGUGCCCUGGGGGGAAGCCCACUACGCUCUCUCAUCCUCAUGACCCUUUUCCCACCGCACGUCAGACCGUACCAGGCCAUUGGCACCGGCACUGGCACUGGCACUGUCUCGAGUGAGCCUCUGCUCUUCUUGUAUGUACCCUACGGGCUGACUGGGAGCCGGCCCGCUUUUUCGAUCCAUGCUCACGCCGUGAGACUUUGCUCUCAUUUCUCUUUCCCUCCCCCUCUCCCUUUGCCCCAGAUACCUCGCCGUUCCCACGGGCCCGCUCGCUCCCUUUGACCAGACACGACCUUGACCCCAGGUGCCGUGCCAAUAUCGCCGAUCCACUUGCUCUGUGAUAUAUCAAGGUUGGCACUGUCCUCUCCCUCUCGUCAUGCCGCCGUCUCUCUCCCCUCGGAGCCUCCCUCCUCCCCCGUGCCCUUUCUUUUAUUUUUAUCACCCACCUCCUUCGCAUUCCUUUCGCUUCUCUGGCCAAGACCCGUCUUGCUCGGGACUCUCGGUGCGUCUGGCCUGCAGCAGCCCGUCUCACCCCAGCCGUCGUCUCUGUCUGUCUGUCUGUCUGUCUACUCACCCCCUUCACAUUGCCCACACUGCCCGCAUUGCCCUCGAGACGAGGAAUAGGGAUACCCUCCCGGCCGGGGAAAGGUACCUCCACAACAGCACCACCACCACCACCACACAUCGUUGAUCUUCUCGCUUGGCCCCUUGCUCCGACCUCGACAAGUAAGCUGCAGGAGACAUGCCUGUCCUCACAUCAGCCGGCAGCGACUCGGAUUUCUCCCGGCUCAGUGGUAACCUCCGUGGGGGCCUGUCGGUAUUUCCAAGAUCGGGCCCGCUGCUCAUCUGCACUUUGACGGCUGCAUUCGCAGCCGCAGCCCUGUACCUGCUCCAGAAGUUCGUGCUGCCUCGCUUCUCUCCAUCGCGCCCUGCCCGCUAUAUCAGCGCCAAUUCCUGCCCGCCACGCCCACCUGCCUCCCACAUCUCGUCUGACUCGAAGCCGUACCUCACAACCACCUGCCCAGGAGCCAGACAGGGUCAGGGUCACUUCGGAAAGCAGGCUAGCUGGGCCAUAAGCAGAGGGGAAGCAGGCGCCACAGCACAGGCCGGAUUGGGUGGGCCCGGGCCCGUCCACGGAGGCUGCCCCAGGAGCAUGGAACAAGACGACAGCACAGCGCACCCCCCAACCAGAGGGUCACGUGGGGUCAGCAACGACUCGAGCUACCGCCCCGGCCAGGAGUCAAGUGGCCUGCCUCGUCCUGGCCUUCCUCCCUUCCCCGCCGCUGCUGAGGAGAGCCGUCAUGCCAGAGCAUCAUCAUCACUCCUCCACCAUCCACCGCCCUUGGGCGGUGUCGGCGAUGAGCUUCCCCCAUCCACCGACCAACAAGAGGAUAGCAUGGAUCACUAUGAUGACGUCGUCGCAAGCCACUGGGCCUAUGGCGGCUUCAUGACCACGGCCCGCCCUGCGCCUCCCCUUUUCGGUCAUCCCUAUGGCGUGGCAGACGACCUGGGGGUAACGUACUACCCGGACGCCGGCACCAGCGCGCCUUCUGUGGUGGGACGCGGGCUUUCGACACUCCAGCCUAGGCCCACGACAUCCACAAGGCGGAACACCAGCUCGUCUCACCGCCGCCGCAAGACGUCUUCUGAUAACCGCAUGCCGUCGCCGAGCGCUGGGUAUUAUCCGGACCAGACACCGGGCUUCAACAUGGCGGGGACAAGUCCAAGCUCCGAGGGGUCUGGGGAAGAAGCUGGGCCCGGCUCGAGCCACUACUCGCUUUCCGCCAGCUCGUCCAGGCAGAGAAGCGUCGCCAGGAACAUCCCCAUACCCGAAGGCGCCGAUGCGUUCAGCUCAACCGGGCCCCUGGGUGGCUACCUAGACCCCAGUUCCAUCGCCAACACCUCAUUUUCACCCUCCUCGUACCCACCCGCCUCUCCUCUCCUCCCUCCCCCACCGUUGACAGACUACCCUUUCGACCCGGCCGCGGUCAUGUUCCCCGGUCCAGGCGCAGUGGACGGAGGUGUCAGGGUAGUCUACGAGGACCAUGACCACGAACACGACCACAGCCACGAGGGAAACGGCCCAGGCGAGGCCGCCGCCAACCCUUCCGCCCACACGGGUGGUAGCAGCUGGACGAGGCACACCCGCGUGUAUGGUGGGAGCGGCGCGUGCCUUGCUUGUGCUGCGGCUGGGGGCGGUGGCUUCUAUGGUGCAAGGGUCCGACCUGAGGAUAAACGAUGACAGGACCGGGGAGGCACUUCUGAGGUCGGCCCUCAUUCCACUACAAACUGUCUCGUCAUGAAAAUGUUUUCCUUGCUCAACUGAGGCUGCAUCGAUACCGUUUUCUUUUCUUUUUCUUUUUUUUUUUGUUGUCGGGCUCAGGUAUAGAUACCGAUUUAAAAGAGGGGGAUGAGGCGUUUUCAUUUUGGGUUUUGCUUUCUUUGUUUUUCGCAUCAUUGUCCUUUCCUGGCUCUUUCUCAUUACUGAUUAAAUAUUAUUCUCAUGAUUUCUUCGUUUCUAAAUCCUCACAUCUUUUCUUUUUCAACCUCAGGAAAGGUGGCGGCAGCAAUUUGCCACGAUGACGGCGGCGUUUACAGUGGAUACGAUUCUCACGACGAUCAUGACCUGAACGAUUUUCACGAUUGAUGCCAAUUCCUGCCCGCGUUGGCACUUGGUUGCGGUCUCAUAUACGGUUGAAUACCCGGAUGGCAGCUUCUGGUUUCGGGCGUUUGAGUGGCAACUGGCCCAAGUGCCGGCCGUUUUCACAGAAAGUUUGGGGGUUUGCAAUAUCUGAUGUAUCACAAAUCGAAUUCUGAGGUUACAAAAUGUUUCUCUUGUCUUCUUCUUCUCGUGGCAUGGGAUUGUUCGGUCUCGGGGCGAUAGUAUCAGGGCUGCCAUCGUGCAUCCCCUGUGCCCUUUUCUAAAGUUCUCUUCAACUCAAACCUAGGUAGACACGGCAGCUCAUGACCCUCCAAAGGGCCACUCAUAACACUUCCAUUAAUUUGUGCAGGAUUUGGAUUGAAA